AUGUCAUCAACUGCACCAGCUGAAUUCAUCGUCGAUGCCGUUCUAUUCGAUAUGGACGGUACUCUUGUAAACUCUAUCGCAGCCGUUGAAGCCGCCUGGGGUGCCGUGGCCGAUGAGAUUGGUCAACCGCGCAAGUCCGUCAUCGAGGCCACUCACGGACGCAGAGCUUCAGACAACCUCAAAGACUGGAAGCCCCAAAUUAAAGACGAGCAGCUCGACGGGGAAGUAGAGAAAUUCGAGCAGAGCAUCCUCAACCACGCCGACCAGUACAAGAAGCGUCGUGACAGUCGCUCAUCUUCACAAUCUUCGUCUAGACGUGCGUCAUCGUCUGCGUCAUCGAGACGACCAUCACAAGCCCAGCUGUUUGGAUCAUUUACUCCAAUCGACAAAACACGCAAGGAUUCAACCUCACAGGGUAAAGAAGGCAGAGUCAGCUCCGGUCAGCUCGCUAAACAGCUUGAGCCGCUCUCACUCGACAAAAACAACAGCGCCGUCGAUGAUGAGGCAGUGGAAGAUGAGGAGGAUGAAGACCUUGGACCAGAUAUGGGUGUUAGGAUCCUGCCUGGUGUAAGAGCACUCAUCGACAGUCUUCCUAAAGGUCGUUACGCAGUGGCUACUUCUGGAGCACGCGUUUAUGCAUACGGUGCUAUGGAGAGAGCAGGUAUUGUUGCUCCAGAAGUAACCAUCACUGCUGAAGAUCCACGCUUGAAGAAUGGUAAACCACACCCAGAUCCAUUCCUCUUAGCGGCUGAAUGUUUGGGUUACGACUGCAACAAGUGCUUAGUUGUCGAGGAUUCUCCUUCAGGUAUUAAAGCGGGUGUUGCUUCUGGUGCAAUCACACUCGCUGUGUGCACCUCACACGAAGAACACCAAAUCAAGGACGCAGGUGCUCAGCAUCUUGUGCAUAACCUCGAAGCAGUCAGAGCAGAGCAGCUCGCAGAUGGUAGAUUGAAGUUCACCAUCGAUCCAUCACGUAUCGUUACAGACUCCAAGUCAGACGCCCGCACGGAUUUGAUCACUCUCAUCACCAAAAUUAAAGACAGCAAUAUUAAACGUAGAUUUUCACAGACGAAUACAAAGCCCGUGCUAUCGCAUCCGCCUCACGCCUCAUCCGAGCCGGUGCACGCCAAUCCGGUGUCAAUCCCAUUCAACGCGCUACUCAGCCCAAUAACGACGGUCAGUUUGCUGGCGUGUAUCAAGGCAGCAUUUGGGCCAGAUCCGUCUUGUCUGGGUAUUAUCAUAAUUACUGAUCUACCCGCUGAGUUUGAUGGGCUGCGUAAAGAGCUACUCGAGUUGUCCAACAAGUUCGCCAGGAUGGCUGAGGAGAAGAAGGAGCGCUACGCCGAUGAAGAGAGCUCAUUUAGCUUCGGCUGGUCGAGAGCCAAGGAGUAUAUGAAUGGCAUGCCAGAUACUCUCAAAGGUAGCUACUACGGUAAUCCCCUCCUCGACCGUCCGCAGGUCGAUCCAACGAUACAGAGGAGGCAUCCAGAGUACUACAAGGGUAAUAUAUGGCCCAACGAAGAUGAGGAUGCAGAAGUAAACGGUUUUCAGCAAUCAUUCAAGAAGCUUGGAUCGUUUGUGGUCGAAGUGGGACUACUGCUCACCAGAGCAUGCGAGUCAUUCGUCUCUCCCCAGCUACAAAUCCAGACCAACAAGACAGACAUACUCGAGGGCAUGCUAGCGCGUUCAUCCGCGCAUAAAGCGCGCCUGCUGCACUACUACCCGCCGCCGCCAUCAGGCGACGGGGACGAGAACGACGACGACCAGGACAGCUGGUGCGGCUGGCACCUCGACCACUCGCUGAUAACGGGCCUCGUCAGCGCCAUGUACAUGUUCGAGGAGGGCGACAAGCACACGCCUAUCGCAAACCCUCACGAGCGAUCCGGGCUCUACAUUCGUAACCGGGCUAACAACGUGGUGAAGGUGACGAUACCGGAGAACGCAUUAGCAUUUCAGACUGGAGAAGCACUCGAGUUGCUCACUGGAGGUAAGCUGCACGCUACCCCACAUUGCGUUCGCGGUGGCGGUCCCGGUCAGGUCAGACUUGGAGAUGCCGUCGGCGACGUUAGCAGAGAGACUUUCGCAGUGUUCAUGCAGCCUGAUGUGUGGGAACAGAUUGGAACACCUGAAGAGACUUUCGGCACUUUCACAAAGGAGGUGCUUAGACGACACUACCGUAAUAAGAAACAAGAGGAGGGCGUCGAUGUGGCUUACAAGUUCGACUCUAGUGAUCACCUUCCGCCCAUUAGUGAACUGACGACGUCGAAUAUUACCAUCAAUCUUGAUUGUCAAGACCCUGCACUGUCGUAUAAGCAUAUUUGA